UAGUAACCACAUAUAGCAGUGGCAGCUGUCCAGUGGGCAUGUGGGGUAAGAGUGAGUCAACAAGGAAGAAAAUUGUUCCGCUUCUUCAAGGGAAUUCUCAGGAAACUGAAACUGGGCGGCUGGAGUUACAGGGCAGGCAUAAAUAUCAGGUGCAUGCUGAGCCAAGACUCAUUCACCAGGAGCUCCUGGGACCCUAGAGGAGGUGACCUGCCAUGCUGCUGCCCCUUCUUUCUGUGCUAUUUCUGCUCACGCAGCCGCAGGGGAACCUGGGAGCUGAGUUGAAGCACUACCAUGCUAAACCACUGCCCAAUGCCUGCACUCUGGUCAUAUGCAGCCCCACAGAAAAUGGCUUGCCUGGCCGUGAUGGCCGGGAUGGAAGAGAAGGCCCCCGUGGUGAGAAAGGAGAUCCAGGCCUUCCAGGAGCUGUAGGGCCAGCAGGGAUGCCUGGACGAACUGGCCCAGUUGGGCCCAAAGGGGACAAUGGCUCUGAUGGGGAGCCUGGACCGAAGGGUGAUCCUGGACCAAGUGGACCCACAGGACUCCCGGGUGUGCCUGGUCCAGUGGGAAAAGACGGUCCCCCUGGAAAGCAGGGGGACAUAGGUCCUCAAGGCAAGCCAGGCCCCAAAGGAGAGACUGGACCCAAAGGUGAAGUAGGUGCCCCAGGUAUACAGGGCUCCACAGGAGCAAGAGGCCCCACAGGCCCUAAAGGGGAGAAAGGUGCCCCUGGUGAACCUGGAGCCCCCGGAAGGGCAGGGGCAGCAGGGUCGGCUGGAGCUGUGGGUCCACCGGGACCUGUGGGUGCCAGGGGACCCCCAGGACUGAAGGGUGACAGAGGUACUCCUGGAGCCAAGGGUGAAAGUGGGCUUUCAGACAUCACUGUUCUGAAGCAGCAGUUGGCAGCCUUCCAGGACCAGUUAGAGAACCUCAAGGCUACCUUGUCUCGCUACAAAAAUGAGAACCUUCUCCCAAGUCUCUAUUAAAGAUGCUCAGAAACA